AUGAAGGUCCAGGCUGCCCUUGCAGGCUGGGCCUGCACCACCCUCUGCCUGGCUUCCUGCUGCUCUGCCUUUUCCCACGGUGCCAGCGCGGUGUCCUGCGAGGACAUGCAGCCCAGACACAUCCGAGCCCAGCCUCAGCGCCCUGAGACCCACCACAUCACCAUCCACACCAGCAGGUCCUCCUUCGCACCAGGUGACAAGAUUCCAGUGACUGUGAGAAGCAGCCGGGAUUUCAUGGGAUUUCUGCUUCAGGCCCGAAGAGUGUCUGAUCAUCAAAUAGCUGGCACUUUUGUCUUCAUUCCUCCUCGUUCCAAACUGAUGACUUGCUCUGAAGAGGCCGACGCAGUCACCCACUCUGACAAGUCUCCGAAGAGAAACCUCUCGUUUGUGUGGAAGGCCCCGGCCCAGCCCGUGGGGGACAUCAGAUUCCUUUUAUCAGUAGUCCAGUCAUAUUUCGUUUACUGGGCAAGGAUUGAAUCGUCUGUUGUGUCUCAGCAGACUCAUAGCAGGGCCCAUUCUGAGGACGGCGUGGAGCCCGGGUCGCUGGGGCCAACCCCUGGGCAGAGGCCGGACAAUAUUGAAGGAACCGCUUCAGCUCCCAGGGCGCCCAUGGUUCUUCUGCAGCAGCACACAGAUGCCUUUGCUGUUGGCCUUCCUGAAGCUGCAAAGGAGGACAACCUAGAUCCUGUUCCUGCUGACAUUUGGGUGACAAAGUUUCCUGGGGCUGCAGAGACUCUGUCCCAACCAUCUUCACACACAGCUACGGCAGGCAGCAGUGGCCAGCAAGCCCUCGGGGGCAUCAGCCCAGCCCUAGAACCAUCCCUGGAUGUCCGUGGGCUGGAGAGGCUUGUGGCCUUUAGGGAAUUCUCCUCAGAGGGCUUUGCUUCCGGCCCUGGCACCCACCACAGGACUCAUGAUGACCCAAGCUCUGAGUCAAUGGAAACUUGCCUGUCCUCGGAGAGGGAUGAACAGGACAAAGUGGAGGCCUCUAAUAGGACUGUGACAAGGCGCCCUUUGUACACUGUCCAGCUUACCUCUCCCCAGCACCUCCGGUCCUCUGAAGCUUUCACAGGGAAUGGGGCUGGGACAGCCGACCCAACCCCUGUCUCCCAAACAUCUGGCACUUCCAUGCCACCUGCUGCUGGUGACCAGUCAGAGGCAUCAAAGCCCUCUGCCAGCUUCUUACCUCAAUCAAAGCACAGGGACCCCAGAGUAGGGGAGGCGGAUGGAGUGGGUGGACUGGGAUACCCUAGGAAGACCAACCCAAGGCCUGAAGUUGGGCUGGAGGGAGCCAGGGCCCCUUCAGGGAUGCAGCUCAAGACUGCCCAGCUGGGAGUCCUGCUUGGCCUGUCAGCCGUGCUGGGCAUGGCCCUGGCUGCUGGCCUGCGCUACCUGCACACCCAGUAUUGCCGCCUGCGGACGGAAGUGUCCUUCAGUGAGCCUGCUGCAGAUACUGUCGCCAGGAGGGACAGUGGUGAGACUGUGCACGUCAGGAAGAUUGGGGAGAACAGUUUUGUUUUGGUGCAAGCUGAAUACAAUUGGAUCGCUCCUUCUGUGGGUAGCAAGAAAACAGUCCUCUGAGAAGACCGUCAGACCAGGCCUCCCAGUGGCCCUCCUUGGACCCUGUAGAGUGUCUCAGUCGGAACAGAGCUAAGGAGAAUACCUGAUGAGGACAGGGAUCCGCGGUGCCUUCCGUCAGCAUGCAGUUAGUGGAGGAAGCUGCGAAAGGACAGUUUUAUCAACAGAGGGAGUUCUUCCCCGGCUUUGUUGUCUUAACAUCUGUAAUUUAGCUUCUUUUUUUUUCUUUUUGCAAUUAGAUGUUCUGUUUGAAGAGUUAAACUCAGCACAAUGAAUAUUGUAUAACUCGCUCAUUAACUAGACUCCUGUGGCCGCCAAGCUUCCUCUGUUGCCUUAAGGAACCCGCAGAAAUAGAAAUUCUGCCCCUC